GAAAAGGCUACUCUCAACACGAUGGUUAAAGAAACGAAACUCUACGAUCUAUUGGGAGUCACUCCUCAGUCUACUCAAGCAGAAAUCAAGAAGUCUUACAGAAAGUUAGCUUUGAAAUACCACCCUGACAAGAACCCUGGAUCUGAAGACAAGUUCAAAGAAUUAUCGUACGCGUUCGAAGUGUUAUCAGAUGAAACAAAGAAGAGGAUAUAUGACCAAGGAGGCAUGGAAGCCCUCAAAGAAGGAGGUGGAGGAGGCGGUGGACACAAUCCCAUGGACAUAUUCGACAUGUUCUUUGGUGGAGGCAUGCGGGGACACAGAGGACACGAGGGCCCCCGACGAGGCAGAGACAUGGUCCAUCCUUUGAAGGUUUCACUUGAAGAACUUUAUAACGGAGCCACCCGACAACUGGCUCUUAACAAGAAUGUCAUAUGCAGCAAAUGUAACGGAAAAGGAGGUAAAGACGGCGCAGUCCAGACAUGUAAUGGUUGUCAUGGUAACGGUGUGAAGGUUAUUGUACGACAACUUCAGCCUGGUAUGAUACAGCAAAUGCAGACAGUGUGUCCUGAUUGUCAUGGAAAAGGAGAUAUUAUUCGUGAAAAGGUGGUGACGAGGAACCUAAACAAAGUAAUCGAAGUGUCCUACUACCCGCUGGAGCAAGCCAGGAAGUCCAACAUGAGACACAGACCUAUUGGAAUUGGAGUUCAGGGUCUAGCCGAUGCCUUCAUUCUGAUGAGGUACCCAUUUGACAGUGACUCUGCUAAAAAGCUAAACAUUAAGAUAUUUGAGACUAUCUACUACGGUGCCUUGGAGGCUAGUUCAGAACUAGCUGAAAAACUUGGACCUUACGAGACAUACGAAGGCAGUCCAGUUAGUAAAGGAGAUCUUCAGUUCGACAUGUGGGGAGUUACACCAACUGAUCUCUGGGACUGGGCAGCUCUUAAGAAACAGAUCAAGAGAACUGGUAUAAGGAACUCAUUGUUGCUGGCUCCCAUGCCAACCGCCAGCACAGCACAGAUUCUGGGAAACAACGAGGCUAUAGAACCUUACACCAGCAACAUCUACCUCCGGAGGGUACUGAGUGGAGAGUUCCAGGUGAUAAACCAGCAUUUGUUACGUGAUCUCACUGAUUUAGGAGUGUGGGAUAGUGACAUCAAACAACAGAUGAUAGCAGAUAACGGGUCUAUUCAGAGGAUAGAAGGUAUCCCUGAUGAAAUAAAAGCUCUUUACAAAACCAGCUGGGAACUAUCUCAGAAGUGCAUUAUCGACAUGGCUGCUGAUAGAGGUCCCUAUAUCUGUCAGAGCCAGUCCCUCAACCUGUUCAUGGCUGACCCUCAACCUCGUAAGAUUACCAGUAUGCACUUCCACGCUUGGAAGAGAGGAUUGAAGACUGGAAUGUACUACUUGAGGACCAGAGCGGCAGUUAACGCUAUCCAGUUCACUGUGGAUCAGACUAAGAUUAAGGAACUCAAGGGACUGAGAAAGGAAAACGCAGUUCCGAAAACUGAGGAGAAGGAGAAGAAAGUCCUGCAGCAAAAGAGUAGAGCAGAGUUAGAGAAAGAAGCGAUUGAAGCAUGCUCCCUGGCAAACAAAGAGAACUGCCUCAUGUGCAGUGGAUAAUGAUUAUGUAAUUAAUCAAUUAGCUAAUUGAGCAGUGACCAAGAGAGACUGAUUUUUAACAUUUUUACGUACAACGUAGUGUUACAGCCAAUAUUUGUAGAUCUUUUUAUGUUUAUUUAGAAUUUAGCUUGCAUGGAUCUUUUAAAAUUGUUUUCAAAUUUCAAUAUUUAUUUGAUAUUUCUACAUACUUUUUUUUUCGAUUUGUAUUUCCCUCUAUUACAUCGAUGUUCAACUCCAAUAUACUAAUUUCAAUAAAAAUAUGUUACAUGUUAAUCGACAAUCAAUCCCACCAUAAUCAUGGUGCAGUGGCAUAUUUAUAAUGGUUGAAUUUUUUAUGCUGUCAAUCGUAUUAAUAUUAUGUUAUUUGAAUAUCUUUGCUACGGCUUAACUGGUUAUCAAUUAUU